AAAAUUCUGAAAAUACCUUCAUCUAUUAAAACCAUCUUAUUUCCUCUAACCGAUAAAACCUAACACUGAAACUCCACUCUUAAUUUUUCCAACAAUGGCUUCCACCAUCUCAAAGAUCCCCACUCACUCCAUCUUCAAACUCCUCGUUUCGUCCUCACCCAAGCCACCCGUUUCCUGCUUCAUUUCCACCGCCACCGCCACCGCCACCGCCACUGCCGAGAACCGGACCCAGAAACUCGAACGCAUCGCCGACGAGCUUUUAGAUCUUACAAAGCUCGAACGCUACGACUAUUCCAUCCUCUUCCGUCUUAAACUCGGCCUCAACCGCUACGGACCCGCCGUAUCCGGAGUAUCCUCCGCCGCCGCUUCGGCACCGGGAACCGGAUCCAGCGCAGCCGAAACGAAAACGGCGGAAAAGACGGCGUUUGAUAUAAAGCUGGAGAAAUUCGAUGCGGCGGCCAAGAUAAAGAUAAUAAAAGAAGUGAGGACGUUUACGGAAUUGGGUUUGAAAGAAGCUAAGGAUAUGGUGGAGAAAGUUCCGGUUGUGGUUAAAAAGGGAGUAACAAAAGAGGAAGCUGAGGCCAUUAUUAAGAAGCUCCAAGAAUUGGGUGCUACUGUGGUACUUGAAUGAUUUUACAUAUUUGACUAAAGGUGUAGAAUAAUUGUUGUUUUGAUGAAAUGGGAACUAAAGUUUUUGAGGAUAUUGUUGUUAUUGGUAUUACCAAUAGAAUUUGAAAGUGAGAAACUUUGCUGAAGUCAAUUUGAUCCAUUGAUUGGGUUUGUUUUGAAA